GAGCCGCGCAGGCGCAGUGAGAGCGGUAACAUGGCGUCCAGGCCCAAGCGGCGUGCAGUGGGUAGUGGGGCUCCGCAGCCCCCCGGCGUCCCGGUCCAGCGCGACGAGGAAGGAGAGGAAGAUGAAGUGGAGGAUGAGGACGAAGACGAUGAAGACAGUGACGAAGAAGAGGAUGAAGACGAGGGCGUCGACGAGGAAGUGAAUGUUGAAUUUGAAGCUUAUUCCAUCUCCGAUAAGGAUUAUGACGGAAUUAAGAAAUUACUACAGCAGCUUUUCCUAAAGGCUCCUGUGAACACUGCAGAACUAACUGAUCUCUUAAUUCAACAGAACCAUAUUGGGAGCGUGAUAAAGCAAACGGAUGUUUCAGAAGACAGCGAUGACGAUGUGGAUGAAGAUGAGAUUUUUGGGUUCAUAAGUCUUUUAAAUUUAACUGAAAGAAAGGGUACCCAGUGUGCUGAGCAAAUUAAAGAGCUGAUCCUGAGCUCCUGUGAGAAGAACUGUGGCAAGACCUUGGUGGAACAGCUGGACACACAUUUGAACGACACGUCCAGGCCUGUGGGCUUUCUCCUCAGCGAGAGGUUCAUCAAUGUCCCUCCUCAGAUCGCGCUGCCCAUGCAUCAGCAGCUCCAGAAAGAACUAGCAGAGGCGCACAAAACUAACAAGCCAUGUGGGCAGUGUUCCUUCUACCUUCUGAUUAGCAAGACGUUUGUGGAAGCUGGAAAAAACAACUCCAAAAAGAAAGGGAACAACCAGGAGAAGGAGGAGUUAAUGUUUGCAAAUGCAGAGGAAGAGUUUUUCUAUGAGAAGGCAAUCCUGAAGUUCAGCUACUCGGUGCAGGAAGAGAGCGACACUCGUCUGGGAGGCAGGUGGUCCUUCGAUGACGUCCCGAUGAAGCCCUUGCGAACCGUGAUGCUGAUCCCAGGGGACAGGAUGAACGAGAUCAUGGAUAAACUGAAAGAGCACCUCUCUGUCUGACCCAUAGACCGUGGACAGCAGUGCGCUGGUUUUGUGUUUGUAAAAUUACCAGAAAACAGGUCAGAUUUACUCAGAAACUCACGACUUUAUUCAGAAUAAGGUCCUCUACAAAAAAGUAGGGCUCUGUCACCUGUGUCUGUGACACAUUUACAAAAUAGCUUUUAAAAAAAAAAUUUGGUCAAAUUAUGAAUGGUUGAUUAAAAGCUUUUCCAAUAAGAAGGAAAA